UGUCAACUGCAUACGUUCUUCACCAUAGCUGCGAGCGACUUGAGUGACUAGACCAAGAAAGCAUGAAUUUUUCUGAGGUGUUCAAGCAGUCUAACCAAUUGUGCAAAGUUUCACCCAAUGGAAAGUAUUUGGCCACCUGCGUGCAGUACCGCCUGGUAGUGCGUGAUGUCAACACACUGCAGAUAUUGCACCUGUACUCCUGUUUGGACCAGGUGGGCUACAUGGAGUGGUCUUCAGACUCACUCUUCAUUCUCUGUGCCAUGUAUAAGCGUGGGCUGGUACAGGUGUGGUCUCUAGAGCAACCUGACUGGCACUGUAAGAUCGACGAGGGGUCGAUUGGACUUGUCUCUUCGCGCUGGAGUCCAGACGGGCGUCACAUUCUUAAUACCACAGAGUUUCACCUGAGAAUCACUGUCUGGUCCCUUUGCAACAAAUCAGUGUCGUAUAUCAAGUAUCCUAAAGCCUGUCAGAAAGGGAUGGACUUCAGCUCUGAUGGACGCUACAUGGCCCUGGCGGAGAGACGUGACUGCAAAGACUUCAUUAGUGUGUUUGUGUGUGAUGACUGGCAUCUUCUUAGGCAUUUUGAAACUGAGACACAGGACUUGGCUGGGGUUGAAUGGUCUCCAAACUGCUGUGUGCUAGCGGUUUGGGAUUCUUGUCUGGAGUAUAAAGUGCUGCUGUACUCCCUGGAUGGUCGUUUGUUGUCCACAUACAGUGCCUAUGAGUGGUCACUGGGAGUGAAGUCCAUUGCCUGGAGCCCCAGCAGUCAGUUCCUAGCCGUUGGCAGCUAUGACGAAAAGGUACGCAUUCUAAAUCACAUCACCUGGAAGAACUUAAUCGAGUUUGAGCAUCCGUCUGUCAUCACCAGCACUAAAGCUGUUGUGUAUAAAGAGGUGGAGAGACGUCCUGUGGUUGGCACUGAAGAUCUCUCUGUUCAUCACAUGACCAUGGGAAGUUCCCUCUUCAACACGCAGAGCAAGUAUGAGAUCGUUCCACCCCCAGUCCAGGUGCCAAUAGUGAAGCCAGACCCAGACCGAGCGAAUCCCAAAAUCGGCAUUUCCUCCAUGGCUUUCAGCCCAGAUAAUCGCUACCUCGCAACCAGGAAUGACAACAUGCCCCAGAGUGUGUGGAUUUGGGACAUGCAGAGACUGAGUUUGUUGGCUGUGCUGGAGCAGACAGCUCCAGUUCGCUGUUUCAUGUGGGAUCCCUGCAGGCCGAGACUGGCCCUCUGUUCUGCCAAUGCCAAGGUCUACCUCUGGUCUCCGGCCGGCUGUGUGUCUGUGAAGGUGCCAGUGGAAGAGAGUUUCCAGGUGGUGUCCCUGUUUUGGCAUUGCAGUGGAGGCAUCCUUAUCCUGCUGGGAAAAGACCAGCUAUGUCUCUGCUACAUGGACACAGAGCAGGACAAAUAAACUCCACAUGGCACAUCCUAUGAGGCCCAGACGUUCACAUAAGCACUUCCAAAGACCUGAGCACUCCACAAGGAAGGAUGGAGAAUGUUGCUCCAAAGAAUGUAAAAAAUCUCACUGUAGGAAAUACAGUGCCUUACAAAUAUAUUCA